AUGGAAGAGACAGUAAUUGAAUGGGUUAUUUUUAAAGGUACAAAUGUGACUUUCACAAUUUCUCCUGGCGAUGGCAGCGGUGAACACAUUCUACAAACAUUCACCGAUGGUUUUUUCAAAAACUCAUUUUCUCAUCAUUAUGCACGUCCUGGUGUCUACAGUGUCUCCAUUGGGGCUAAAAACGAUGUCGAAGCUACUACGAAAACUGUGGAAUGCACCGUCUCCGUAGAAAAUCCGAUUGUUAAUCUGACUUUGGAAAUACCAACAACUCGAAUAAAAACUGGCUCUCAAGACGUAUAUAUUGCAGUCGGUGAAAAAGUUACAAUAAUAGGUAGUCUAACUAGAGGGACUAGCGUCUUCUGUGACUUUAACUUUGGUGAAGAAGUCUUAACCGGAGAAGUUGACUCCCUCACUAAGACCUAUAUAUAUAGAAAACCAGGAAUCUUCACUGCAAGUCUCAAUUGCACGAACAGAGUUAGUAGUAUGUACAAAGAGUCUUUAAAGAGGACCAUUGUUCAAAAGGAUGAACCGAUUGAUGACCUUCAGGUAAUGGUCCCUGUCACGGUCAAAGGGCAACAGUCUGUGAUUUCACUUUUGAUGGCUUCCGGAACGGCUUUUGUUUGUAACUGGACCCUCGGUGACAACACAACUUUCCAGACAGAUGUAUCGGACAUAGGUAAACAAGUCAUACAUCAAUAUGCUAAAGAUGGACCUUUUGACGUAAUGGUUAGUUGCAAAAAUCGACACGGCAUUGUUAGAACCCACAAUGUUGCCUGGGUGCAAAUACCUAUCGCUAAUUUAAGUUGUAAUUCAUUAUACCGCUACAUAAUGGUAUCACAAGAGACUCUUUUUAACAUUUCUGUGCAAUCAGGUUCUCAAGUGACCGUCGUAGCAGAAUUUGAAAAUGAUCAAAGACAAAGUGUUGUUUUUAAGGAGAGUUUUCUAAACUGGAAAUCAUUUAUUUUGAAACAUCCCUUCUUAUAUUAUGGGUCGUAUUCUGUUACGGUAAAGGCGUCAAACCUCCUCGGAAGCCUCACCACCAAUUGCACACCCAUCGUUGUUGUGCAGAAUCCUCUGGUUAACAUAACGUUAACACUUGACAAGACGAUUAUUCAAGUAUCAGAACCUGUUUCUUUUCAGCUUAAGACAACAGUUUCGGAAAAUUUUCUACCCAACGAUGCAGCCUGUUCAUGGUUAUUUGGCAAUAAUUCGUAUAAAAAUGGCAUACCUUUGAUAUUUACGAAAGGAGAACACAGUCUACUUCAUAGAUAUUCAUCCCCAGGGGAGUUCAUAACUAAAGUAUCUUGUUCAAAUGAAAUCAGCAGAAUCGAGCUCAACACGAAGGUCACGGUUCUCAAAUUGAUCGAGCCGUCCAUGACAAUUUGCCUAGACUGUAACCCCUCUCCAGACCUGACGAGGAUUCCAUCCAAGGCAUAUUUCGCUCUUGGCGACACAGUGACAUUGUUAGUGUCAUCUCAAAGCUUUGAUAGGGCAUAUCACUGGAGAAUCACAGAAUAUGGUGAUCUUGCAACAACUGAACAUCGUUUUCUUAAAGUAGUUUUGAACAAAACUGGAACAUUUACGGCAAGUGUCCUUGUAGAUAAAUUGGUCGCCACAAUGGCAGCAUCAGUUAAAUUCACUGUUCAAGAAAAGAUUGACGGCAUACUACUCCGGUCUAGUGGUUUCACGUGGCUGAGGAGUGCCACUCAUUUUGAAUUCGCCUUGCCAAAAUUUGAUCACGGAAGCUGCUUUAAUCUCACCUUGAACGACUCAUUAAACUCAGAGAAAUCCCAGUGCUCAUUAGAGAGAACAAGAAAUUACCUUUUUUCGUUCAACCACACCUAUCUUUAUGAGGGCAAUUAUACGGUUUGUGUCAUUGUUUUUAACAAAGUAUCAGAGGAAAAACGUUGCUUGAAGGUUGAAGUCUCUAAACCAGUUUGUGAAAUAGGAAACGUUUCGAUAUCGGAGGUAAGGAACGAAGAAACUAAUGCAUAUAAAAAUAGUUUGAAAGUUUUGAAAUACAGAAGAUCUGAUAGCUUUGAGCUCAGAGGGCUUUUUAUCAACCGCUGCUUUCUACCAACUUCAAAGGAUAUCAAGCUGCUAUGGGUAAUAAAGCAAACGACAACGAAAAGCGUUGAGGGAGAAGAUACUGGUUCUGUAAUAAAAAUAAGUCCUCGUUCUUUGCAAUACGGCAGUUAUGAGUUUGAAUUUGUAGUUGAGCUUGCAAGUGUCGAUGUAAUUAAUCUCUACGGGAAAGUGGCAGGAAACUCCUCGCUAAAUGUGGAAAUCGUUCGUUCACCGUUGGUUGGCAAAAUAAGCGGAGAAAAGAAACUAAAUCUGAGCACGGCGGACACCCUAACGUUGGAUGCAUCAUUUCAUGACCCUGAUCUACCACCAUGGAUGGACCAGCAGGGUAUGGUCUUUAAUUGGUAUUGCAAGACACCGGUAGGUCCGCUUGCUCAGGCUGAACAGUUUGUUCACUGCUAUGAUGAUGCGUUGAGGCCAGAAAACUUCAUAAAAAUUCUUUCUUACCCGGUUUUCACCACAAGAUUGAACAGAUACAUUGAAAAUAAAUACUACAUAUUCACGGUUGUAGUUACCAAGGAUGAUCUCCAACCUUUGACAGACAAUGUCACAGUGUUUGUUUCGCCUCCACCUCCCCCACCUCCUCCCCCGCCGCCAACAAUGGAAAUAAGGUGCUUUUAUAGUGUUUGCCCUCAUAAAGUUUCACCUUCAGUGAAUCUCAGACUUCAGGCUGUUUGUGUAUAUGGAUGUGGAAUUUCCAAUCUCUUUUAUCAAUGGCAGUUUUUCACUAAAAAUGAAACUGAAUGGAGCUUGUUGGAGUUUCCAAGCGAGUUAAAGGUGGAAACCGAUAAAAACGACUUCACUGUUCCCUCGUACAUUCUCGAAAAUAUUCUGGGGCAGGGAGACGAGGGUCUUGCUCAGGUUGAAGCGUGGAGGGAAGGCAGUAAAAAAGGUUUCACAAACAAGACUAUAACAGUCAAUGAGCCACCAAUACCAGGAAACUGUUCAUGUAUUCCGUCGCUUGGCGAGGGCUACAAAACAAACUUUCAGGUCAUAUGUGACGGCUGGGUUGAUCCAGACAAACCACUACGAUAUAGCUUUAGUUAUGGCGAGGGUGAUAACUCCCGGCCGGUUUUGACCUCAACAGAAAAGCCUAGCUCCUCAAAGCCUUUCAAGAUUUAUAAACAGCCUACGAAUGGCGAUACUUCAAUUCCGGUAAAAAUUACAAUAUCGGUUGAAGAUUCACUCGGAAUGAAGUCUGCCAUGUCUAUCUUCGCAAAGGUAAAAAAGGUAGAGAAGGCACCAGUAGAUCUUGGCAAUAUAAUGAAGAAUAUAGACUCUGAAAGCACUCCUAUAAACAACGAAGAGCAAGCUGGAGAGGAAUUACAAGUCUUGGGCGACGCUCUUGCGCAACUCCAGCUCUCCAAUCAGCAGAGUUCUGUUUCUAAGUCCGAGGCGUCAAAUACAAUCACAACAAGAAGACCAAUAGUUAAUCAAAAUGUGGACAAAGAAGAAGGAGAGCAGACUAACCAAGGAAGAGAAAAUGGAGACCCAUCUCAGGAGGUGAUACCCACCACUCCUCGACCGACAAUGUCACCAGAGCAGAUACAAUACGCCACAAUCAUUGAGAAGAGUAUAUCGAGGUUAUACCUUGUAGCGAGCAUUGUAGCCAAAAGUAAUAAAACGACUGUGAAUGAGUUUCUUGUCAUCAGCGACACCCUUGAGACAGCCACUGCUAAUUCAGAUAUGCUGACGUUAACUGCACGGGACGAAAGCGCGAGAAUGUUGAGCGAGAUAACAGAAGCUGUUUUAAAUAGACCUGAUGCACCACUGUCUUUUCUCGAGAGGAUGGCAGGUGCGAUUUUAAGGAGUGCGGUGAACAUGCUUAAUAGCUUAGCAAAGGGUCUUUCCAUAAGUCGUGAUGGCACAGUACAUGAUUGUGAUGACUUAGUAAAGGAAAGGAGCCGAAAUGCUACCAAAGAAAUCCUGAAAGCGAUAAACAACAUGUGCGAAGCUAUCUUGAAGAGAAAAACUCCUGGUGACGGAUACACUGUGAUAAACACCACGGCGAUAGAAGCGAAACUCCAAAAGACGCUAGUGAAUUUUAUCAAUGAUCUUAAGAUCGUUCAGGAUCUUGGGAUGUUCACACUACCAAAAGAUGAAUUGUUUCCAGAUACGAAUCAUACCAGUGGGAACACAUUAGGUCUUCAGAUGGUUUCUUUCGUGGAUAAUCCUUACAAAACUUGCGACAACGAUAAUAUCACUUCGUCAGUGGUCGCUUUAGAACUGAAAGAAUCUAAUGGUAGUAACAUGUUAAUCAGCGGUCUAGAGAAUGAAAUCGAUAUUCGAAUUCAUCACAAAUGGCGUGGCUUUGAUAGCGAUCGAGAAACCUUUGUUCUUCAAUUGGACGAGGAUUCUUCUCAUUACCACACUUUCAACUACAGCUUUCCCCUUGUUGCGGUAGCGGUAGAGUUUUUGUCCAACAGUGAAAAUGUGUCUCGUUGGGAAAUCAUGAUAGCUUCUGGUAGAAGACCAACGGCUGAGAUUAAACUGGUUUCGUGGUCUCUUAGAGAUAAGGGAAGACAUUUUUUCCUAUUAGAGGCUAGUUCCUUCACAGAGAUGGGGAAGUAUUUCGUAAGGGUGAAAGCAACGCCUAAAACACCAAUAUCUCCCGCAGAAAAGAAUGUCAGUGUCAAUGUCUCGUACAGUCUUAAGAUAUCUGUCCUAAAAUGCCUUUACUGGGAUAAAAAUAUACAAGGCUGGAGUCAUGAUGGAUGUAGGGUUGGGCCCAAGACCACGUCAAGGGAAAUUCAAUGCCUUUGUAACCAUCUCACGUCGUUUGCAGCUCAAGUGGUAGUUGAACCAAAUGUUAUUGAAUUUGAAAAAGCCUUAAAAGGAUUUGUUGAACUCACUGAGAACCAUUUGGUUUUCAGUGUCGUUCUCUCUAUCUUGGGCGUCUAUGUUAUCCUGUUGAUUUGGGCAAGAAGACUCGAUAUUCGGAAUGCAAAGAAGGUGGAGACUAUUCCUUUGGCAGAUAACGACCCAUCAGAUCGCUACAAAUACGAGAUUUUAGUUUUAACAGGUAUGAAGAAGGAAGCUGGAACCACAGCUGACGUCUUUUGCGAUUUAAUUGGACUUGACGCUGAGAGCGGUCCGCGCCAACUUAAAGAUUCUAACCAGGCACGUUUCCAACGAUCAGGAAUGGAUUCUUUUUUUCUCACCUCUUCUGAACAUUUGGGAGACCUAAUUAAAUUGAAAAUUUGGCACAAUAAUUUAGGAUGCAGCCCAUCUUGGUAUCUAAAGCAAAUAAUUGUACGUGAUCUGAAGAGUGAUGGUGUGUUUGUGUUCAUGUGCAAUCGGUGGCUCGCCGUCGAAUUUGACGAUGGAGAAGUCCUGCGGACUUUGCCAUCUGCAAAGGAAGAUGAACUUAAAUCUUUUAAUCAUCUAUUCUAUAAUGUUACACAAAGGGAUAUCACAGAUAACCACUUGUGGUUUUCGGUGUUUAUGAGACCAAAUCUGAGCACCUUCACGACUGUUCAGCGCCUAUCAUGUUGUUUGGCUCUUCUCUACUGCACCAUGCUUGCCAAUGCUAUGUUUUAUCAACUCGGUGAGGAGUCAAACCAAUCAGUAACGCUUCAGUUAGGACCUAUCACCCUCUCUGUGCAACAUCUUUACAUCGGCAUGAUUAGCGGCCUAAUAGUUUUUCCGAUAAACAUCGUUAUUGCCAGCAUCUUUAGAAGCAUAGAGCCAGCAGUUUUUAAAGGAAAGAAGGGAAUGGCAUCACAAGGAAAAAAUACUAAAAGAAAAAAACGUGCACAACGAUAUCAGGGUGAUUUUAAAGACAUAGUUGAAUGGUAUCGAAGCCAGGAUACAGAAGAAGAACUGAACGGUGAAGGCCCCGAAUCAAUUACUGUGGGAUUGCCACCCGUCGAGACGGUUGAUAUCGGGGAAAAGACUGCAGCCUGGUUGAAUAGGAACGUUAACAGUUGUGACAGUCAUAGCUCUCUUGCUGAACUGGAGGAAGCCGAUUGGCUAGAGAAUGAUGUGAGUUUUGAAGCAUCCGAGGACUGCAAUUUUCAGGUACAGUUCAAUGAGAAGCCCGGAGGAUCACUCAAAAGAAAGAAGUCCCGAAAACUGCCUCACUGGUGUGUAUACAUUGCCUGGUUUGGAGUUUUCGCCGUAUCAUUUGUGUCUUCUUUCUUCGUUGUUUUGUAUGGUUUUCAGUUUGGCCGAGAAAAAUCAGCUCAGUGGCUUGCUUCCCUUCUGGUUUCUCUAUUCCAGGACAUCUUCAUAAGCCAGCCGAUCAAAGUUUUAUUCGUCGCUUUGAUUAUUGCUCUUCUGAUAAAAAAGCCCAUAGAGACAACCGAGAAAUAUAGGCAAGAUGGUGAGGACACGGAAGAGGACGAAGAAGAACUGGGUGUUAGUAACUUCGAGGAAGGACCGCCUGAGUAUAGAAAGUUUAUGUUCAAUAGAUACGAUCAGCAAAGUUUCAUAUCUUUGGAACCUCCAAACGUUGAUGAGCUCAACAACGCUAGAGAAAAGAAGAAAAGAGAAAUACGAAUGUUUCAGAUACUGCGGGAAAUAAUUCUCUACGUCCUCUUUUUGCUUGCCUUGUUUUCGAUAAGCUUCGGUCAACGUGAUCCAAAAGCUUAUCUCAUUGCCAAGCUAAUUGAGGAUACAUAUCUAGGAGGAGUUUAUACGGGCCAGCAACUGUAUGAGACCGAUGGAAUUGAUAACUAUUGGACAUGGCUAGAAGGGACAGUCCUACCAAGUAUUUCUUCAUCAAACAGAGACUGGGCAGCAGGCUGCCAUCCUUUACAGGAGUAUACAAUCGACUGCAAUUCGCGCCUAGUUGGCGGAGCAAGAGUUCGACAGCUCAGAAUUUCUCCAGGAAGCUGUCAAGUACCUGGACCUUUGAGAGGGAAAAUUUCUACUUGCAAUGAAUUUUAUUCUCUCUUCAAGGAAGACGAAGACAACUACUUACCUGGUUGGCAAAUAGCAAAUGUAACGGCUGAAGCGAACACGACGUCUAAUGCGACUAUAUCACCAUGGACAUACCAGACAAGCAAUGAGCUUGGAAGUAUACCCUUUCUGGGACUUGUAGGCACAUACAGUGGCGGAGGUUAUGCGUUUGAUCUGUCGUCUGCUAACGCAACAGAGGCUUACUUAAAUUAUCUAAAACAAAACUCGUGGAUUGAUUACAGAACCCGUGCUGUCUUUGUCGAGGUUGCUAUUUACAGUGCUCAAGUUAACCUGUUUGGUGUUGCGACCUUUCUAACUGAAUGGAUGCCAACCAAUGGCAUUGUGUUUUUCAAUAAUAUCAAAGUUGCACGCCUGUAUCAGCAUGAAAAUGACUUGCAGCUCGUAAUGCUUGUUUGUGAAAUUUUUCUCGCCGUUUUCGUUCUUGCGUUUAUGUAUAUCGAAUUGAAGAAAAUUUUUAGACUUCGAAGGAGCUACCUCAAAGAUCCUUGGAACUGGCUUGAAAUCACGCAGAUAUUUCUUAUUUUGACUUGUGCUGGUGCCCUCUUGCAGAGAACAAAUUAUACAAACCAGGCGAUAGAGAGGAUGAACGCUGAACCUGACAAGUUUGUUAGCUUUAUACAGACAAUAACUUGGGAUGAGAUUUUUGGAUACUUAUUAGCGUUUCUGGUGUUCUUCGCUAACUUGAAACUCCUUAAACUUAUUAGAUUCAACCAUCGUAUUUACUUGUUUACAAAGACAAUCUCUAACGCCGCAGGACCGUUAAUGUCUUUUAUGAUCGUCUUCACCGUUUUCUAUAUUGCUUAUUGUGUGCUGUUUUACUCACUCUUUGGAAGUAUACUUCCUGAGUACAGCUCACUUCUGGUGACAAUUGAAACAUUAUUUAAUACCGUCAUGGGAGCCUUUGAUUUUGAGAUCAUUAGAGAGAACAAUCGGACUUUAGGACCUAUCAUUUUUUUUUCGUUUAUGAUGAUUAUGGUUAUGAUCUUACUCAACGUCUUCUUAACUAUACUGAUGGACUCUUUUGCCGAAGUCCAAGAAGAUGAGCUCCUAGUGUCAGAGGACGCUGUAGUGGUGGAUAUGAUGAUAAAACGCUUCAAAUGCUAUUUUUUGAGAACAGACAAAGUGGACAUCUUACCAGAGAAUGACACUUUGUCAAGCACUAAUUUUGAAUCGGAAACCUAUAACAACUCGCAUUGCGACAGUGAUUCUAAGUGCCCAGAAAUUCAAGAAGAGAAGUGCGAAGAUGAAUACUAUUUGGACAAAGCACACAGCGGUGGAGAUAGCGAACUUGACAUUCCACUGGGAGCUUUUCGGGCCGCAGAAGCUUCGUUCUCGUCGAUUGAGAAAACAGGUAAUGCAAGACAAGAAAACCUCAGGGAGCCAGAGCAUUCCUCCAGCUGGUCUUCAUUUACAUCUCUAGCCAAAGACCGGGUUGAAACGGAGACUGAUCCCUAUGUAACCUCACCUAGUCAGGAUGAAUCUGGAAAAAGUUUAGAAGAUGAUGACACCAGCGGUGUAUGUUCUGAAUCCUAUGGACAUCCGACGGAUUCAAGACGGUCAUCGAUGGCGUCCAAUAUGGAGCGAGAUGAGCUCGACGAGAAAUUUAAUGAGGAGUAUUCAUCAUCUAUGGAAUGUUCCCCACGAGGCAGCCAUCACUCUAAAUCCACAGAAAUGUUAACUGUUCCAAAAAGCAGGGGAAGCUCGAGCUCUGGGUAUUGUUCCUCUUUCGUGGCUACAGAAGAUUCUGACGGUAGAACUGAAGUAUCAGGAGAGUCUCAGUUAUCUCAUUAUUAUGACAUGAUUGAAAAAGCGCUUGAUAGCUCAAAUUAUGACCAGGAGUCACUGGUAGGAACCGAAGAGGGAGAUGUUUCUCAGCAAAAAGUUUGCUAUUACUACAAGCUCUUAGAGGGCGCCACAAGAUACCAAGACUACAUAAACGGCGACGAGACAAAAGCUCUUGAAAAAUUUGAUUUUAGUGAUUAUCAAAUUUACAGGGACAAUUUUGAAGGCCACUCUACUCAAGAUUGCGUGAAGGAUACCGAUACUGACGUAGAGUCAAAACUUACUGAUCUUCUAGGAUUUUUCGCUAGUAUAGCAUUGAGUGACUUACUGGAAGACCAAGUAUAUGAAAAACUUCUUGUGGAAUACGUCACUUCUCUUAAUGAAGUUUGGUUUGAACCAAAGCAUGAAACUUUUGAUCGACAACUUUUGAAACGCUUUGAUAAAAAGGCAAAGUGGAUGUAUACACGGCAUAUGUUCACUGAAACGUAAAAACAUACCGGCGCGUGUGUGGCAUGUGCACCGCCUAAGCCUUAACUAGCGAUGCAGUUGUCACAAAAACCACACUGGAAAUCUUUCAUUGAAGAGCAAUCAACUUUUAACAAACAUUCCACAACGUAGCCAUUUUCUUAAGUAUGCCAUAGCAGUGAUGAAACGUAUUUUCCUUUCGGGGUCAUUUCCUUGACCAAUACCUAAGUCAAUGGCGGUACAGCACUUUCAAAAGCUUCAUCAAAGUGAAACUCAUCUAAGCUCAUAGACUUAUGUAGAUUCGAGUACCGCCGCGCUCAAGCAGAAUUUGAUAGGUGACAAUGCACAUAACUGAGUCAUGGAUAUCAAACAACAACAUAUAUUCAAAUGACAAAAGUUUUAUUUCUAAUUUCAUGAUAACAUUAAGAAAUGAAAAUGACGACGGCUUUUAUAGCCCAAUCUCUCUCUUUGAGUGGAGUUUAUCAUUAAUUUUAGUGACAGAUCAUAUUUACAUUUUAGAAUUAAAUUUUCUAUGAAAGAAAUAUUUCCCUGUCGCAUAGUUCAUCUAACACGCUCGGAAGCUCAUCGCCCGUACACUUUUUUUUAAUGGUUGUUAUUCUAUAAACUUCACCAUUGUUUCGAGAAGUUCUUCCCACACGGUGACACUGAUGCGUGAUGAAAAUUAGCCAUAAGUCUAUAGUUAAUAGGUUCUAGAGAAAUACGAUUAGUCAUUGUCUAAAAUAAAGUGGAAUUACAAUGAUUUUCACUGAAAUGCAGCCAAGGAAAUCUGCUUCUUAAUUGUAGUUCAUAGUAGUAUGGCUGAAACAUCACAAUAGGCGGCUUCACCAAAAUAAGAAGUCAAGCCAGCAUAAAUUUUAUCUUGUUAUAGUGCACAUCUGGCGAACUAAAUCCUCUCGUCACCUUAAAUAAUUCCCUUAGGCUUUUAUUUCUGUUGUU